AUGGCACUUCGAUUGCUUUUAUCAAAUCGUAUAAUACUUCCUCAACGAAUUUCAUUUAUACGAUUUUCUCGUUAUUAUACACCACUUACAUUUGAACAUCAUUCAAUAAGUUCUUCAAAUUCGAUUUCAAAUUCUUCUAUCUAUUGUCAUCAACAUAAAACUAAUAGUUCAUUAUUAUCAACACAUCGUACAUAUUUUCUUUCAUCAAAAUUUGCUUCAUUUUCAUCAAAUUCAUCAAAUUCAAAAGACGGUAAUACACCACCAUCACCUCCAUCGGAUGGUAAUUCAUCAUCUUCAUCAUCAUCAUCUUUUUCAAAUGAUGGAAAAAAUCAAAAUGGUGAUGAUAGUGGUGAUGGAGGAAGUGAUCCUACACAGAAUACUGUACCUGUUGUAAUUCAAGCAGGAAAUCCUUUAAUGCCUGUUGAAGUACCAGAACAUUAUCCAAUAGUACCAUUAAUACCAGUUUCACGUCAUCCAUUAUUUCCAAAAUUUAUAAAAAUGCUUGAAAUAACAAAUAAAGAUUUAAUGGAUUUAAUAAGACGAAAAGUUAAAUUAAAUCAACCAUAUGCUGGUAUAUUUUUACGUAAAGAAGCAUCAACAACAUCAUCAACAGAUUCUAAAACAGUAGAAACUAUAAAAGAAAAACUUGCGAGUACAGUAACAUCAGAUGUUAUUAAAAAUCUUGAUGAAAUUUAUAGAAUUGGUUCAUUUGUACAAAUUCAUGAAGUACAUGAUAUGGGUGAUCGUUUACGAAUGAUUGUUAUGGCACAUCGACGAAUUAGAAUUGUUGGUAUUGCAUCAGAUGAUUCAGGAAUAGAAGAUUUAGAUCGACGACGUUUACAACAAAAACCUAAUGGUAAUCGUAGACGAUCAAGACGAAAAGAUGAUUCAGCUAUGGUAGAAGAAACAUCUCCUGAACCUGUAUCACCAUCAUCGACCAGCGAAGAACCUAUUGUUGUCAAUAAAAUUUUAUUAGCCGAUACAGAAAAUGUUACACAUGAUGAUUAUGAACAAACACCAGAACUUAAGGCAUUAACUGCAGAACUUGUGAAAACUAUUCGAGAUAUUGUUGCAUUAAAUCCAUUUUAUAGAGAAUCAAUUGCAGCACUUAUUCAUAGUGGACAACGAGCUGAUCAUCCUGUAUAUUUAAGUGAUUUAGGAGCAGCACUUACAAGUGCUGAAGGUCCUGAACAACAAGCUGUUAUGGAAGAAAUGAAUAUUCCAAAUCGAUUAAUGCUUACAUUAAAUUUAUUAAAAAAAGAAUUAGAAAUGAGUCGUCUUCAACAAAAAAUUGGUAAAGAAGUUGAAGAAAAAGUUAAUAAACAACAUAGAAAAUUUAUGUUAAUGGAACAAUUACGUGUUAUUAAAAAAGAAUUAGGACUUGAAAAAGAUGAUAAAGAAGCUAUGAAUGAUAAAUUUCGUACAAGAUUAAAAGAUCUUAAUGUACCAGCACAUGUUAAAAUAGUUAUUGAUGAAGAAUUAGAACGAUUAAAUGUUUUAGAAAAACAUUCAGCAGAAUUUAAUAUUUGUACAAAUUAUCUUGAUUGGUUAACAAAUCUUCCAUGGGGUAAAAUAAGUGAAGACAAAACAGAUCUUGAUUAUGCACAAAAAGUACUCGAUGAAGAUCAUCAUGGAAUGGAAGAUAUUAAAAAACGAAUUCUUGAAUUCAUUGCUGUUAGUCAUUUAAAAAAAUCAACACAUGGAAAAAUUCUUUGCUUUCAUGGACCACCUGGUGUUGGAAAGACAAGUGUUGCUAAAUCAAUUGCACGUGCACUUGAUCGACAAUAUUUUCGAUUUAGUGUAGGAGGUAUGCAUGAUACAGCAGAAAUUAAAGGUCAUCGUCGAACAUAUGUUGGUGCAAUGCCAGGAAAAAUGAUACAAUGUUUAAAAAAAACUAAAACAGAAAAUCCACUUGUAUUAAUCGAUGAAAUCGAUAAAUUAGGUCGUGGUGGUUUUCAUGGUGAUCCAUCAGCUGCUUUACUUGAAAUGCUUGAUCCAGAACAGAAUGCAUAUUUUCUUGAUCAUUAUCUUGAUGUUUCUGUUGAUCUAUCAAAAGUAUUAUUUAUAUGUACAGCUAAUGUACUUCAUACUAUUCCUGAGCCAUUAAGAGAUCGUAUGGAAGUUAUUGAAGUAUCUGGAUAUGUUGCUGAAGAAAAAUUAGCUAUUGCAAAAAAUUAUUUAAUUCCAAUAGCAAGUAAACAAACAGCUGUAAAAGAUGAUGCAAUUGAAAUAAAAGAUUCAGCUUUAAUGCAACUUAUAAAAGCUUAUUGUCGUGAAAGUGGUGUUCGAAAUUUACAAAAACAUAUUGAAAAAAUAUUUCGAAAAGUUGCAUUUAAAAUUGUUAAAGAAGGUGGUAACAAAGUUGUUGUUGAUGAUGGAAAUCUACAAGAAUUUGUUGGAAAACCCGUAUAUACAACAGAUAGAAUGUAUGAAUUAACACCACCUGGUGUUUCUAUGGGUCUUGCAUGGACAGCUAGUGGUGGAAGUGUAAUUUUUAUUGAAUCACGUCUUAUCAAUCCUAUUGAAGCUUUGGAUACAUCGACAACUACAAUAAAAGAUGAUAAGAGUAGUAGACUAAAUGGUAGUUUAACAUUAACAGGUAAAUUAGGUGAUGUUAUGAAAGAAAGUUGUACAAUUGCAUCAACAUAUGCAAAAUCAUUUUUACAACAAAUUGAUCCAAAUAAUCGAGCAUUACGUAUUGGUCAUAUACACAUUCAUAUACCAGAAGGUGCAACACCAAAAGAUGGUCCAUCAGCUGGUUGUACAAUAGUUACAGCACUUCUAUCACUUGGUUUAAAUAAACCAAUAAAACAAAAUGUUGCUAUGACAGGUGAAGUAUCUUUAACUGGUCGAAUUUUACCUGUUGGUGGAAUAAAAGAAAAAGUUAUUGCUGCUAAACGAGCAAAUGUUCAUACAGUUAUAUUACCACAUGAAAAUCAAAAGGAUUAUAAUGACCUUCAAGAUUUUAUUAAAGAUGGACUAACUAUUCAUUUUGCUAAAACAUAUGAUGAAGUUUAUAAAAUUGUAUUUGAUGAUCAAUAA